UGUUAACAUAUCGAUGGUACGACUGAAAUGGAACAAACCAUCUGUCAUUUCUAGCGCGAAAUUGGGGAAAUGUUUAGUUAUUGGCCCAUCGUUUGGCCCCAAACCCCCCUCAUUCGAAAGGGGACAGUCGCCACUUUACGAAAGAAGCUGCAAUUGCUCUAUUGAAUGAAAUAAGUCCUUUUAUGAAAAACGGAGAAAGAGCCACGUUUAUCCCAAAGGCACUAAGGAUGACUGCAGCUCUGCAUUACUUUGCAACGGGAUCGUUUUUAAGGGAUGUUGGCCAGGAUUUCGUUUGCUCUUUAAGUAAAACAAUGGUUUGUCGUUCUAUAAAAGAAGUUACAUACAUCAUAGAAGAAAAGUUGAUGUGCAAUUAUAUUAAAUUUCCAACUACACUGGAGGAUCAAAACAGAAUUCGGUAAUUUAUUUAAAAUUUAUAACUUUUUUCUGCUACUGAUUUUCCUGGGUGCAUUGGUGCUAUUGAUUGCACGCACAUAAAGAUUAAAAAGCCAAGGGCCGAUGUUGAGAGCUGCUAUAUUAAUAGAAAAGGAUAUUUUUCAAAAAAUGUGCAAUUAUUAUGCGACUACAACCUUAACAUAUUGGCUGGCAAUGCACGUUUUGGUGGUAGUACCCAUGAUGCAUUCAUAUGGGAAAACAGUAAAUGCAAGGAGUUUUUGGAAAGGCAAUAUAGCCGUGAUGCAAAUACAAGUUGGCUGAUUGGAGAUUCUGGAUAUCCACUACAGCCAUGGCUAAUGACGCCGUUUCCGGAAACGACUGGCCAAACCAUUUUUAAUUUUUGUCAUAUUCGGGCUCGAAACUGUGUGGAAAGACUAAAUGGGGUCCUAAAGAAAGUAUUCGCUUGCUUGUCACAUGAACGUGGAGUUCUAGUUAAACCAGAAUAUGCUGGUUCAAUAAUUAACGCUUGCUUAACUUUGCAUAAUUUCAGAUUGAAGCAUAAUCUAACUAUUCCCGACGUAUGCCUAAUUACAAAUUCAAAUAGGGAAGCAGACUUUUCCGAAGAAAAUCGCUCAAACGACAAUAUUUUAAAUCAAGGAAGAAGGGUUCGGGAGAGCAUAGUACGAAAUUAUUUCAAUUAAUAUUACAUAACAAACCCAGUUUGUUAAAAUGAAUAUCGCUAGGUGUUAUUGGUGUCAAGGUACAUACACUGUUGGCCAUAUCAUUUUGGACCAAACUCAAAAUGAUAUUGUUGCCACUUAUCUAUGUUUACUUACUAAUUUUUAAGAUUUUUCGAUUAAAAUGCAGUUCAUCCUCUAAAAAAAACCACAUAAACCCGAGUUUAAAGCUUUGUAUAAAACAAAAAAAAAAAAAAAUAAACAAAAGUUCAUUCAUUUUAAAACUUUCUUCUCAGUAGUGUUAGCAUUGCUUUGAAUAUAAAUUUUUAUAGCCCAUACAUUUUUUUUGGUCGCAGUUGCUUCCAAUAACUAAUAAACACCACACUGAAGGAAGAAAAAUUUAAAAAAUCUAUUGUAAUUUUUAGCCACUU